GGGAGCCGGGGCGGGAAUGAAGUUGCAAUGAGUGAGGCUGCAAGGAGAAGUUAAUGGGCGCUCUCGGCGGACAAUUGGCCCUUGUGUCUAACUGCCACCCGCUCCUGACUGCUGCCUACAGGGACACCGCAUAGCUCGGGAAAAUCGGACAGGGAGCCCCACUGCACUAAGACCUAGGGUCUGACAGAGGGGUGACUAUGCCACUGGGAGAAAGACACGAGUGGAUUUUGUGACUUUGCCGAGACACAUUAACUACAGCCGAAAUCGUGUAGUCAAACACCACAUUUUGCAGCAAUGUCUGGAUACCAUUCUGGAAAAUAAUUAAUGCUCAUAUUUUUAUGAAUCGACCUCUCGAAGAAGUGGUUCUACCAUUUUUGUUGAUCACUCCCAGCUGAAGAACAAUCCUGUUUUGAAAUUGUUUUUUUUAUUCUUUGAUGAGUCUGUGGAUUCCCGUUUGGAAAAACAAAGGGUUGACAGAAAGCCAUGAAAGAAAAAUCCAAAAAUGCUGCUCGGACUAGACGGGAGAAGGAGAACAGCGAAUUUUAUGAACUGGCAAAGUUAUUGCCCUUGCCCUCGGCCAUCACCUCCCAGCUGGACAAAGCCUCCAUCAUCCGACUCACCACCAGCUAUUUAAAGAUGAGAGUGGUCUUUCCUGAAGGACUUGGAGAAGCCUGGGGGCAUACUAGCAGGUCUAGCACGUUGGAUAAUGUUGGCCGGGAACUGGGAUCCCACCUUUUACAGACCCUAGAUGGAUUCAUCUUUGUGGUGGCCCCCGAUGGGAAAAUCAUGUACAUCUCAGAAACAGCUUCUGUCCAUCUGGGCUUAUCACAGGUAGAGCUGACUGGGAACAGCAUUUAUGAAUAUAUUCACCCUGCUGAUCAUGAUGAGAUGACUGCAGUUCUGACAGCUCACCAGCCUUACCACUCACACUUUGUUCAGGAAUAUGAGAUUGAACGCUCAUUCUUUCUACGGAUGAAGUGUGUUUUGGCAAAGAGGAAUGCGGGUUUGACGUGUGGUGGUUAUAAGGUGAUACAUUGUAGUGGGUACCUGAAGAUUCGCCAGUACAGUCUGGACAUGUCGCCAUUUGAUGGCUGCUAUCAAAAUGUGGGCCUGGUGGCUGUUGGCCAUUCCCUCCCUCCCAGUGCAGUGACAGAUAUUAAACUUCACAGCAAUAUGUUUAUGUUCAGAGCCAGCCUAGAUAUGAAGCUCAUAUUUUUAGAUUCCAGGGUAGCUGAAUUAACUGGAUAUGAGCCUCAAGAUCUGAUUGAAAAGACGUUAUAUCAUCAUGUCCAUGGCUGUGACAUGUUUCACCUCCGCUGCGCACAUCACUUGUUGCUUGUGAAAGGACAAGUCACCACCAAGUACUACAGGUUCCUGGCUAAGCACGGCGGCUGGGUGUGGGUACAGAGUUAUGCUACCAUUGUACACAACAGCAGGUCCUCCAGACCCCACUGCAUAGUCAGUGUGAAUUAUGUUCUAACGGAUACAGAAUACAAAGGAUUACAGCUGUCUUUGGAUCAAAUUACAACAAAACCACCAUUCUCUUAUGCAAGCUCAAAUCCAACCAUAAAUGACAGCAGAAAAUGCAGUAAAUCUCGACUCUCCAGCACAAAAUUGAAAUCCAGAACCUCACCCUACCCACAGUAUUCUGGAUUCCAUACUGAACGAUCCGAAUCCGACCAUGAAAGUCAAUGGGGUGGUAGCCCCCUUAAUGACACAGCUUCACCACAACUUCUUGAUCCAAUUGAAAGACCAAGCUCCCACCAACAUGAUGUAUCUUGUGCAUAUAGACAGUAUCCUGACCGAAGUGGUCUUUGCUUUGGAUUUGCCCUUGACCAUUCAAGAUUAAGUGAUGAUAGACACCACCAUAGCCAGUCUUGUGAAGGAGGCAGAUGUGAGGCUGGCAGAUACUUUCUUGCAAGUCCUCAGACUGGAAGAGAGUCCUGGUGGGGAUCUCGAUCAGUGUUGCCUUUACCAAAGACAUCACCAGAUGGCAAAGAUAUAUAUGAGACAGCCAUGCCACACAUUUCAUCAGUUCACAGAGCACAUGGAAGAAGUCAUUGGGAAGAAGAUAGUGUUGUCAGCUCUCCUGAUCCAGGUUCUGCAAGUGAAUCAGGGGAUCGUUACCGCACGGAACAAUAUCAAAAUAGUCAUCAUGAACCAAGCAAAAUUGAAACUCUUAUACGUGCUACCCAGCAAAUGAUUAAAGAGGAAGAAAGUAGACUACAGUUGCGCAAACCUAGUCCAGAUCAACUAUCUACCAUUAAUGGAGCUGGCAAAAGAAACUCUAUUUGCUAUGCGAAUUAUCACCAGCAACAGAUAACUGGGGUUGUGUGCCGUGGUCCGCCUCUAUCUAACACUUCUCCUUGUGACCAUGUUCAGCAACGGGAUGGAAAAAUCCUAAGUCCUCGUGACAAUGAAUAUGAAACCAGCCCAACUGCUUUAUCAAGAAUGAGCAGUCCAAAUUCUGACAGAGUUUCAAAAUCAAGUGUAACCAUAGCAAAAGAUUAUUUACAUGCAAGUUUGUCCCCAUCACCAGCAAUUGACCAUUCUGCAUCCCCAAAUUACUACAGUUCUCAGAGGCAAUAUUUUGACAAGCAUACUUACACUUUUACUGGCUAUGCUCUUGAACAUCUUUAUGACAGUGAAUCUAUUAGGAACUAUUCAUUGGGAUGUAACGGAACACAUUUUGAUGUGACUUCUCAUUUAAGGAUGCAACAGGAUUCUGCUCAAGUGCACAAGGGCACAUCAGUAAUUAUUAGCAAUGGGAGUUGAUGAUUUUCUCUGACCAGUAUCAGGGUGUGUCUUGAAAGAAAAAGUGUGAUUUUUUCGUUUCAUUUUUCCCAUCAUUUGAUGAAUAAUAAUAAUGCAAUAGAAAUGGUGAAAUGGGAAUUAAAAAUUGCACUUGGGGUUAAUGAAUUGACUGGAUUAUCACAAAAGCUUAUAUGUCAUAUAUCUGCACCAGCCAGCUUUGCAGUUCAUUCAAAAAUAUAAUUUUUGCUGUGUUUUAAAAAUAUAUUAUUGGCCUGCAAAUUGCAUGUGUGCAACAAAUAAUUUUGCAAAAAAAUACCUAUGCACCCAACACUUGCAGAAAUGUGGAAUGUAUUCACACAGCAAAAUAUUUCUUUUUUUAUAUGGUAUUUUUUUGGCCUAACUCUUCAUUUGAAACAAAUCAAACAUAAAAUGACUGAAAGUGCACUUGACCUUUUUCUCACAACUGCUACCGGUAUUGCUAAACAUAUAUUUAAAUUCUAGUGUUUGUACUUAAUUUAAUAUUUAGACAGAAAACUUAUUUAAAAAAACAUAUUUGUUUGGUCCAAUCUGGAUGAGUUGGUAAAAUGCCUAAAUCUGCAUCUUAUAUACAGUUUAGGUGGCACAGUAGGUCUGUACUUGAUUUGGUAAUAUGGCUGUACCCUGGCUCAAAUAAAACCACAUUAAUGCUCACUUAAAGACCCAUCAUACUAUCGAAGUUUGCAGAGCUGGCAUGAUGCCACCAAUGUCUUAAAUAUAAUAGGACUUAAAAAUUGAGCAGCAGUCGCCACAUGUUGGAUAAUAGCCAGAUGGCUGACAUUAUUAUGGUAAGCAGGAUUCUCAAAGAUCAGUUCUCUUGCAUCUGUAAUUACAUUUGAGCCUCUUGCUUUAGACAGUUAGGGGUUCAGUGGGACAAUUUUUUUUACUGCUCAGUCAAGUGACCCCUAUAUAAAAAACAGAAUGCAUGGUAAGGUAUGGGAUCUGUAAUCCAGAAAUCUGUUAUGCAGAAACUUCUGACAGAUGUUGGGAAGGCCAAAUCUAAUAAACUCAAUUUGAAUCAAAUAAUUCAAAUAAAACAGUACUGUGUAAUUUAUCCCAACUACUAUCUAUUUAAUCCUCAAUCCAGACAAAACAAUCGUAUUAUUUAUUUAAUGUUUAAAUGUUUUUUUUUAACAGACUUAAGGUAUGGGGAUGCAAAUUAUGUAAAGACUGCUUUACCCAGAAGACCCCAGGUCCUGAGCAUUCUGGAUAACAGAUCCCAUAUCUGUGCUAGUUUUCAUUGAAAACUAUGAUAAAAGGAAAUCUGAACAAUAUAACAUGGGGAGGCACAUUUAUCAAAGGUCGAAUUUCGAAUUUGAAUUUUGAGUUUUUUUAAACUCCUUUAAAUUCGAAUAUACUUGAAAUUCAUUUAGGGGGUUAUUUAAUAAGAAAAUCGAAUAUCUAAAACUCGCACAAAUUUACCAACUCGAAAACGUGAAUCAAAUUUGAAUUGAAUUAGACUAAACUCAAUUCGAAUUUUAUCUCCGAAGAAAAAUUGAAUCUCAGGAAGGCUACUAACAUGUCCAAAUUGGUCCCUGGACUUUUCCCAUUGACUUUUA